AUGACGGCCCGAAGACAGUGCCUCGAGGCAUUCGACAUGCUGCUGGACAGCCGGGAUGAGCUCCGUUUCCAGAUUAGUAAAAAGACUGGAAAGUACGAGUGCAUGGUUCACUUUGACAAUGGCAUCUAUAUGCACUUUAUCAGCACGCGCGAGGGGGUGCUAACCGUGGAUCUACGGCGGCGGGGCAUGAUUGAUGCGCUACGGGAUAUGGCGAAAUAUGAUGGCAUUGACGGCAGAACAAUGGCAUACGGAGUGGCUGCGUACUUUGGUGUCGAGGAGGGCCCGGGGGGAGGAAGCAGUUGUCGUGCCGAGAGAAGACAUCGAGAACGAUGA